AAGAAAAGUACACUGCAAUCCCUGGUGGGUUGAAGGGCCAUGUGGCUGUGGUGGUUGUGCACAUAAUUUCAGUGUGUAUCAAAGUGGUGAUAUUAUUAGAAAAUUCGUAUUAGUUUUCGCGCCUCGAGAACACCAUCAAGAAGUGCAACGCUACGUUACGUAGAGAGUGCCCCAUGCCCCAGUAGAUGAAUGCCAAGAUCGUGCAUCGGAUAAUUGUGGAUUGCGAGAAGAAGGAUGGAUGUUGGUUGGCGAAAAACGUGCAAAUUCACUAUCGUUAUUAAAAAAAGGCUAGAAAACGGGACGGGAAAGUGCAAGUGCAAUUUUCGGGGAUUUUCGGCGAGCAAGAGUAAACUCGUUCGGUGGUGAAUCAUUGGGACUUGACGGUUUCAUCAGCUGUGUCGAAGAUUCAAGAUCAGAUCUAGAUUCCGAACAUUCCAUCUUCUACUUCUAACGUGUUUUCUCUUCGUUUUCGCAGUUUGCCUGUUUUCGGGUUCGACAAUUUAUGAUAAAAACAAAUCGCGAGUGAAAGUGCUUAGUGCUGUGACGAAGGAAGGAGUUUUUGUUCAAAUCUCAAGAAUAACACCAUCCCAGUACAAGUGAGUGAUUCCCGCGUCAGCGGCCAGAGUCUGCAAGGCCUGUCGUAAGUGAGUGAAUGUUUGCCACUCACUGAAAAUAGUAGCAAAAACAGCGGGUCGACGCGCAAAAACACGAAUCACCAGCAUCAGCAGAAGGCAAAAGCAGAUCCAGCAUCAACAAACAAACAAGCAAGACAGACAACGGCAACAACAUGUGUCAAGAUCGAGUAAUUAAGCUGCUAAUAUUCGGCUUUAUCGCUGGCUUCCUGCUUCAAGAAUCCUCACCCCAUCCCGCAAGCAGUAGUAGUCUAUCGAAGGAACGGAGAGGUGGUACGACGGCCGAGGAUGAAGACUACGACUACGACGACGAUGACGAACCGUCCAAGGAGAUGGGGACCAACGAUGUCAACGGAGGUGGCGGCGGCGUCGACCAGAACACGAUGCUCCUGACCAGAAACCACACCGUCGAGACGGAGAUCAACGAUACGGUGACGCUGCCCUGCCGGGUGAACAAUCCGCAGAACAAUACCAUCGUCAUGUGGUUCAAAACCACCACGCUGCUGUACGUUCGGGACAACAAGCACUCCAAGGAUCCUCGGCUAUCGCUGGGAAGCGAUUUCUCCCUGACGAUUCAGAACGUCCACGUGGAAGAUGACUCGAUCUACAAGUGCAUCGUUUACCCGGUCAACAAAUCCGCCUACAUCACCCUGAAAGUCAGAGGCCCACCAUACAACGUGAUGAUCACCCACGGCAACAAAGACCACACCAAUGGCCAUUUGGAAAUCCAACAGCACGAUCGCAAGUUCAUCAUCCACUGUCGGGCCUCGGGCUUCCCCACGCCGCUGAUUUCGUGGUCCUUCCGGGGAAAACAUUUGGACGAAGCUCACGCCAAACAGACCGGAAUUAGCGUUCGCAAGGAGUUCCUGGAAAUUCAUGACGUCAAGAGCCAUCAUGCCGGUGAUUACGAGUGCCUGGCCCAGAAUGGAAUCGGCGAACCAGUGAGUGCCGUUGUAAACGUAGAAAUCAAGUCCAGAGUUGUGUUGAUUGGACCGAGUGAAGACGACGCUGGCGCUACGCCCCCGGAUGACAAAGAAGCUCCUCCAUCGAUCGCCAAGCACAUCGACUAUCUGAACACGGCCAUCGGAGAGACCGCCGAGUUGGUUUGCCUAUACCACAGCAAUCCAACCGCCAUGAAGAUCCAAUGGUUCCGAGGUGACGAGCCCCUGCACGAGACAAGCAAGUUCUCCAUCAACCGGGACCGGCAUAAUCACCAUCUGAGAACGCGGCUGACCAUCAAGGACAUCGAGCAGAAGGAUCUGGUGUCCUAUGUGUGCAGGAUUACGAACAACCUUGGAGAGGCGACUGCCAAGACGACCCUGGGAUUGCUGCCGGGUGCCGCCCAUCUGGCGAACUUCAGCUACUCGGACGGACUCUUGCACACCAUCUGGAGGGUACGAAGUGUGCAGCCCCUGUCCGAUCUGCAGAUCCUGUACAAGGGCGAGAAUACCAAAUACACCACCAUCGACGCUACCAUUUCGGAGCAAAACAGAGAGGAGAACAGCGAUUUCUGGAACAUCAAACGCUCGAUCCGCCUGCCCGAGGGCGAAUGGUUCAUCACCGCCCGGGCCAAGAACACCGAAGGCUGGGCCUACACGGAAACCGUACCGCUGCAGUUCCAGAUCCCCGGUGAAGUCUCGCUGGAGAAACGAGUACCCGGUGGAAGUUCGACCGCAUCCGUCCGACAGCUGUCGUCGUACUGCGGUAGCUUAGCCUCUCUGGUGGUACUGUUUGCGGUGCUUAGACGAAUGCAUUAGGUUCCGCCGGAACCCCGUGUGGUGACCCCGUCCCGCUGCCCAGUGAAAACGGAAGAAAGGUUUGAUUUGGUUACCUUGUGCUUCUCGGAUUGAAAUUAGAAGGUCGGAGCGUUGAGUUGACGAUGAACGGGGUGAAAAAAGUAUUUAUUUGGAGCUAACAAAAAAAAAAGAAUCGAAGAUCUGCUAAGUGCUAAGAGACGCUUUUUGAGAGCACGGAUUGCGGUGCGCCCAUAGUAGGUUAUGUAUAAAAAAAACAAAUUAGAACUUGUAGUUUAGCGAGAGAACCAUGCGAAAAUGCCUUGUAGUUUAUCACCAAAAGCCACAUCCAAAAAACAAGCACCAACCAAUAGAUGGAACACAGCAUAAAAUUCAAGAAUUCGUAAUAAUGCACGCAUAAGAUCGGGUUUCGAUCGUUUUACGAUUUCGCUGCUUGGUUUUGCAGGAUGACAUCAUGAAUGAAUUCUAACUGAUCAUUUCGAUGAAUUCUUAUUAUCUUUUGAACACUGAAGUCAUCCAGCAAAACCAAACACACUGCAAAACUUUCAGAAACUCGAACCAACCGCAACACAGAUGAAAUUGUGAAACAAAUCUUUCAUGUAUUGUAAAUCUAGAUGAACAAAAAUGUAAUGUACGCUAAAACCACAAUAUCAGCGCAGAAAGAAAACCAAAUAAAAACGCUUACGGAUUAAUUCUUAUGUUAGAGAGUUGUUAUAAUUUAGUCUAUGUUCUGUUCAUUUUUCAUCUUAAGUUCUGUUUCUUCUUCUGUCAUACUUUUACUAGAGCUAGAAUUAAUAAAACUAUUUUCCUGCCCUUCGUUGUAAAUUUGAACUACUGGUUAAUACAUCUUAGAAUCAUAAAACAUUUUCCAACUUUGUGUAAAAUAUUAUUGAAAAAAGUGAAAUCUAGUAUAUCUACUUUGUAUCCAUAUAGAGACGACGUACUAAUUUUAGCCUUAACGAAUAGUAGGAACUAUACUUAAACGUUGUAAGAUCUAAAUCAAGUCCAAUAUAAGUUCUACUACUAUACAGUCAUGCACACCGAUAUAAGAAUAUAACACGCAACACACAAAAUAGACAACAAAAAUACUUGUUUAGGGUAGCUAGCGGAAUAAUUGUUAACUAAAGAAAACCGAUGCAGAGUACAGUAGUGUGUGUUGAAUGCCACCGUAUUUCAGAAAGUUACACCGAAAUACACGGAGAAAACUACGAUGACCGCGGAUGAUCAUCGCUCGCUGGAGCGCACGCAGUAGGCCAUAUUUAUAUUUAUUAACCCCUACCUGUACCGUACGAUAGUGUGUAAUACUACUCUCCUAUAGGAAAUUAUUCUCUCUACUUUCGAUAGUUACACGAAUCACGCGAAAGUGCAAAAGUCGUCCGCAGCUACGAAACGAGAUAGAGGGAUAGAUACGGUUGGCUAUGAAUCGGAUUGGAGAAACACAAAAAAAACUGGCUUACGAAUUGGUGAAAUAAUGUAGGUUAUACGUGUAUGAGAAAAAAACUAAUUGAAGUGAGGCGGAAGAAACUGUACUAGGAAAGUAAAACUGAAAAUAAACUUAGAAACUGUAACAAA